AAAUAUCAGGAGACCUGUCUGAAGAAGCGCAGCUGGAUGAUCAGACGUUGGGAGUUAAUAGCCGGGAAAAACAUCAGAUAAACGUGUUGUUUAUCUGAUGGUGUUGUUUUAAAGCGAAACGCUCCACUGGGCUGGUGGAAUAAAAACAGCAGCAGGACCAACUUCCUCACUCAGUCUGAUGGAGAUGAAGGCUGUGCAGGUCUCCGUGGUCCUCCUCUUUGCUCUCAGCGGUGUCCAGCAGCAGGCCGCCGCCCUGCCGGCCUCCACCCUCCUGGUAAGAGUCGGGGAGGAUGCCACCCUGCAGUGCCCCCUGCUGGACGCCUCCAACGGAACCGGCCCGGCCACCCUCAGCUGGUACAGGAAGGCAACAGGGCACGGACCCACGCUGCUGGUCAGCAUCAGUCCUGCUAACGGCUCCACUUUGCGGUACGGAGACGGCGUCAGCCCGGAUAAAGUCUCUGCCGCGGCUAACGGCUCGUUGCUGCUGCGAGGCUCCGAGCAGAGCGACUCUGCGGUGUAUUACUGCGGCGUCAGUAACGGCUCCGAGCACGGCAAGGACCCCAAAGCCAUAAAACCCCGCUGGUUCUGAAUCGGCUGAUUUGAGUCCAGUUUCCUCAUGUGCAACGUCUCUAAGUGCUGGCAAAGGACUGACAAACUAAAAUAGAUCAAAUGAGUUGCUUUCAUAAUAAAUUUUAAAAUGCCUGAAACCAAAGUUUGUAUGUUGCUUUUACUUGUCUCCAGAACUGAGUUAUUUCAAUGUUUCGGUCAAAACAGGAACUGACAUUCGUUCCCCAUGCUGGGAAAGAUCUGGCUGUGUUGACAGAUAUUAAACAAUAUAUUUUUUUAUAAGGAAAUGAUCUGAGUGAUGAAAAAGAUGAAAAUCAGGCAGUUCACCAGAGGUUUGAUUUGCUAGGAAAGGACCGCAGGGUUUCAACCAGCUAGCUCUGCUACGAGCUAACAGAGAAAAGGCGGGAAAUGACGGAACGGUCUUCCACCAGAGGAGUCCGAAUAUUUUUCAAGACAUAAAUCAUCCGUAGAUCAAGAAAAAAAUUUUUAUAUGUGUUUUCUAAAAGUAAAAACAGAUUUUCUCUCACUGUAUGUUUUAUUGUAAUGUGAUGUAUUUGUUUAAGAAAGCUGUCUUUGUGAUCCUUUCAAUUCUGUCUGACUUCUGAAGGAGAAACAUGGCUCCCUCUUCUCACCAUCGAGCCUCUUCACUGUUUAUUACACAGAUGCACAUGUUGGAUGUCGCACAA